GUUGAGGACUACAAGCAGAAGAACCAGCGAGGUGAGGUCAUCAUCCGUGAGUGUCUGGAUUUGCUGACGGACAGUCAGCUCACUGGCAUUGUUCGCAUUCUCGGCAAGAAGUCGGUUGUGAGUUCGGAGGAGAAAAUCGUUGAAGUUGCCUAUGUGCUUCUGUCCGACCUGAACAGUUUGGACUUGAUGAUUGCCGCAGCCAACCGCAGCAAGUAUGACAUCCUGUCGGUCUUCACGGCCAUCUAUGUUCGGGAGUCUUCGAUGGAGAAGUCUACUGGUUUGUCCUUCACAAAUGAGAAGUAG